AUGAAAUUCUUAGAGCGUGAUAAUGCUUGCAUACACAAGCGUCGUGACGUUCAAUCGUUAGUUGCUCUGAGGCGAUUGGAACUAGCAUUUCUUCCUCCAUACUCAUCAGCUUUGGAUGCUAUUGGAGAAUUUUGAUCAGUAUACAAGUCUAAAGUUUAGACAGCUAAUCCUAGUAGAAAAGAACAGUUAACGCCUGAGGUGAUGGAAGCUGCAAGAGAAAUAUCUAUCCACAGUUAUAUAGGAUUCGGUAGAAAUUCUGGUGAACAUUUCAAGUUGUUUCUGGAGAAGCGGCUAUUCUUAGGCAAAAUCGAAGAGAAAGAUGAGAGGUGGAGCUGUUCUCUCUCAGAGACUCAUAGUCUCAUUUUUUUUAUUUGUCAACAGUCAUCCUUUGAAGACACAAGAAAGAUACGAUUUAGAUGGGCAUUGAGUGCAAGCCAUUCUCGAAUUCAAAGGCUGACGUGAUUUGAAGAAUCAUUUCCAGUUGAAAUGAUUCAUCAAUUUUCCCCACUAUUAAAGUUUUUGGUCUCCAAUAUGAACACUUAUUUCCGGUGGUACAAUCCAUUCCGGUACAAUUUUUGGAAACAAACCGCAAAAGACUGCAUGCAUACUAGUGGCGGUUUGCAUGCAGCCGCUAUUUCUGUACUGCAUGGAAUCGUGGCUAACCCUAUUUUAACUUCUGGAAACUUCUACCAGGGCUCAUCGGAGCUUAUUGAGGAUGGAGUGCUACUAUUUAUCCUUUGUAAUUUCAAAAUAUUGCGGUGGUUGAAGGCAACAUAACACCUUGACCAUCAAGCACUGGGGGUUAACACACCGAUUUACCAAAAGAUGGUGAAUUCCCAUUUCUUGCAUGGUGGGCUAUAUAAUAAAAAGGUAUUACUAAUGAGACUUAGUAAUCAUUGCAGCAAGUCCCAGCUAUAAAAUGAUCAUGUAUAUCCUCAGAUCUGAAUACCUUGUCCAAGAACAUAGACAAGCUUCUCUUAAUAACUCUCUCUACCUACUAAUUCUCAAAAGAACAUGUCUAGCAACCAAG